GAGUGGCAGCAGUGUGUUAAUUCUUGGAAUCAAAAAUAUAGUAAUUGAAACUGGAAACUGAAAAUAAAGUUACUCGUCAUUCCCCACUGAUACUUGAACCAUCUUUUCGUCAGAAGUAAUAUUAAUAUUUAUGGUUAUGAUUACACAAAUGGAAAUGCGUUUAAUGAUAUUUAAACAUGUGAUUAAGUUUAAUAAAGUACAAAAAGCUAAUACUAAUAGUAGUAAUAGUGAAUCUUACUUAGAAGUAUUAUUUAUACUUAGUUUAUAUUAUAUUAUUUAUAAUUUAUAGUAUUAUUUUUUGUUCAUCUCAUUUUCAUUAUUAUUAAUUAUAAAUUAAUAUUAAUUGUUUUAUUAAUAAUAAUAAGUAGGCUUUCAUAUUAUGGUUAGUUAAGAAUAGAUGGACAUGACAUAAUAAAAAUAAUAAUAACUAGUUAAUAGUAUACUAUGACUAACUAUAGUGUAAUUAUAAUAAUAUUUGAAGUGUUGAUGUAGCCUAGACUUCAGACACAAGGGCAAUCAGGCACUUUGUCUUUGUAACUUUGUUAAAACUUUGUUGUUUUUGUAUACUUUGUUGAAGUUUGUUUUAGUUAUCUUAAUCUUAACUUAUUAAAAAAAUAAGGCUACUAAAUAAUUUAAUUAUAUUAUAUAUUGGUAAUAAAGUUAUUCAGAUCAGAUCAGAUGAGAAUAGUUGUUUUGUCACUUGUUAUUAACACUAACACUCUUGAUUAGUUCAGUAGGCCUAUGACACUAUAGUUAUUAUUAAUAGUACUUUAACUAUAAUAGCAUAUACUAUACUUAUACUUAUACUAUUAUUUUAUUUGUAUUUUAGGCCUGUUACUAUUAUUAUUAUUAGUAUUAUAUUAGUAUUAGGCCUUAUUAUUAUUAGUAUUAUAUUAGGCUUGUUACCGGUACUAUGAAAAAUUAGUUUUACAAAAAGAGGUACUGGUAACUUAAUUGUCUUAUAAUUAUAAAGGUUUAAUCAAAAGUUUACACCAAAGUUUACUCUAUAAUUUUAGCCAUGAUUAAAUAUUUUUCAACACCAUACACUGCAAUACAGAAUGAGUCAUUGGAUUAUCAUAAACUUUCCUCAAAUUUACAUUCUAUAAUAGUUAUAAAAAUGGCUGGCAAUGGGUGAUUAAAUCUCAUUAAUUAUAGUACUUAAUAUUAAUACACAUCAUCACAUUAUUGUCUUUCUCAAAUGCUACACAAUACAUAGGGCUUAUGUUUCCUGCCCCAUCCAGAGGCAAAUGAAUAAUUAAGUUUGGGAUUUGUUAUCUUAAUUCUCAUGAGAUUUUUUUUUUUUUUUUUUACAUAUUUUGUUGUUUAGUUGUUGAUUUAUAUUAUAGCUGAUUAAAAAUAUUGUAGCAACUUUUAUUUUUUAUAAUCAUUUGUUGAAAUUUGUUCAAAAUUUAUUUGAUUUCAGACAUUAGACUCCCACUGAUUUUGAUAGAGUACAACAUACGUUUUUGGAACUGCAAAAGUUACAAAUAAAUUAUUGAAAAGAGCACAGAAAAUGAAUUCUAAUCAUAAUUAUGGAUACUUUAUACCUUCCACACCAACUCACAGUCACAUUUCAAUACCAAGUAUUUUAGUGAAGAUUAUAAAUGAUUCAACAUAUGGAACUCUUUCACUGAUUGAAAUUAUGAGAAAAUUAAAACUCAUGCAGUACCCAUAUGAUUCAACAUUUAUAUGGAAGAUAUUAAAUGAAAACAGAGACAAUUUUAUUAUCGAUGAACAAUCCAAAAAAUCAUCACAAUUGAAUGGAAAAGAGUCAGUUUGGGUGUUUACGAAGCUUACCUUAUGUGAUACACACUGCAGGAAAGGACAAAAUGGUCGCAACCAAGAAUGCAGAAGAGAUUGCGGUGCCCUUCAUCUAUGCAGAACUUAUUUGUUAUGUUCACAAAAAGCAUGCCCUUUUAACAAUAGGCAAAACUGCAUGUUCGGUCACAAAUUCUUCUCCCCUCAUAAUUCUCCUCUUUUAAAGAUGCAUAAUUUGGAUUUGUUGGAUAAAAAUGACUUAAGGAAACUUUUUAGAAGACCUCCUUCAAGAAGCAAAACAACAAUACCGCAGGUGUGUAUUUACUAUAAUAAAGUUAACAGUACCGGAUGCUCUAAAAAAAAAUGCAAAUCCUUACAUUUGUGUGCAGAUUUCAUCCAAAGAAAGUGUCCUGGUGCCUGCUCCCGAAAUCACAGACUUUCUGACCCUCAAGUGAAAAAUAUACUUGACCUUUUUGAAAUUGACCAAUCUUGGCAGGAUGAGUCAAUAUUUGUUACUCUGGAGCGGUUUUACAGGUCCCGUAAGUAUGGCGAAAAGUAUUUUAAAAAUGUGUUGCUUUCAAUGAUAAUUAAGCUUAAGAUUGUAUGCAGUUUCUGGGUAUUUUAUGUCUAGUAAGGUUCUUUUUGUGGAGAAACCAUGUAAAUAAAAUUUCUAAUUAACUUGCUGUGCAAUUGUUAUAUUUCUGAAGAAAUAACUCUUUGGUAACAUUAUUUAGGAUAUAAAGCAAGCAGCAGUGAUGAUGAGGCUAGUUCUAAUGCAAGCAGUGACCAUGAUGACUUAAAUUUAUCACGACGCAUUCAAGGAGCUCAAUCAGUUCCCAAUUUGACCUCUGUAAAAACCUUUAUUACAAAUGAUUCAUCAGAUGAGAAAGAAGGAGGUACAUUUUUAUAAUGUUUUAAUUAAAAUAUUUAAUAUCACAUUUUAUAAGCUAGGAAAGAAGAAAAAGUAAAUCACAAACAAAUAAGUAUUUUAUGUUUGAAUUUUGUUGAACUGUCAGGAGUUAAUUAUCGUAAUAUUUUAUGUAAGAUUUUAUUUUGAUUUUCUUUAUGUUAAAAACCAAGCAAUGAGUAUUUUCUAAGGAUGUUAAAUGAUUAUCAGGUUUUUGAUAAACGAUAACUAUUUUUUCAUUCUCACAAACCCAUAAUCAAUUUUUUUUAAAGACAUUUUAAAAGAGUUUUUAUUUAUUUUAAAAAAUCUGAAUUUUUAAAAUUAUUAUAUUAAAAAAAAACACAUUAUGUAAUUAUAAUAUAGGUAACUAGUAGAUAAUUUUUUCAUUAACAGUGAUGGUGGCAAUGCGUAAACUUCACAUCCUCUAAACUUACUUGACAAAACACGCCAUCUAGAUAUAACCUGCCAAACAAUGAUGUUGGCGAUGAGUGAAUUUCCAAUCUACUAAAGUUACUUGAAAAAAUAUACAAUCAAGUAGAACAAUGAACUAUAUUAAUAUUAUAAUGUCUCAUCCCCUUCAAACCACAGAUUUAUUACUCAUAUUUAAAUUGAAAAUUUUUCUUAAAACAAAAGAAAAUAUUACACACCAAAUGCACUUGCACUGUUUUUAAGAAUCUCAUUUAGUGCCGUUAUCAGGAAUUUUGUUUUUCAUGCUAUUGAACUAACAAUCGCACCAUAAGAAUAUACAUGAACAUACAUUCAUACCACCAUAUGAACAUACAUUCAUACCACCAUAUCAACAUACAUUCAUACCACCAUAUGAACAUACAUUCAUACGACCACAUGAACAUACAUUCAUACCACCAUAUGAACAUACAUUCAUACCACCAUAUGAACAUACAUUCAUACGACCACAUGAACAUAUAUUCAUACCACCAUAUGAACAUACAUUCAUACCACCACAUGAACAUACAUUAAUACCACCAUAUGAACAUACAUUCAUACCACCAUAUGAACAUACAUUCAUACCACCAUAUGAACAUACAUUCAUACCACCACAUGAACAUACAUUCAUACCACCACAUGAACAUACAUUCAUACCAACACAUGAACAUACAUUCAUACCACCACAUGAACAUACAUUCAUACGACCACAUGAACAUACAUUCAUACCACCACAUGAACAUACAUUCAUACCACCAUAUGAACAUACAUUCAUACCACCAUAUGAACAUACAUUCAUACCACCACAUGAACAUACAUUCAUACCACCACAUGAACAUACAUUCAUACCACCAUAUGAACAUACAUUCAUAUCACCACAUGAACAUACAUUCAUACCACCACAUGAACAUACAUUCAUACCACCAUAUGAACAUACAUUCAUACCACCAUAUGAACAUACAUUCAUACCGCCACAUGAACAUACAUUCAUACCACCACAUGAACAUACAUUCAUAACACCACAUGAACAUACAUUCAUAACACCACAUGAACAUACAUUCAUAACACCACAUGAACAUACAUUCAUACCACCACAUGAACAUACAUUCAUACCACCAUAUGUACAUACAUUAAUACCACAUUAUGAACAUACAUUAAUACCAAGAGAAUCUUUAGUUGUGAUAUGUGGUAUCAAAAUUAGUGUUGCUUUGACAUUUCUAAAAAUAGAUAAAUAGUGCAGCUUUUGAUCUUUUAAAAUAGAUCAGAUUAAUUUACAGAAUAAUUGGAUAUGCAUUGUAAAAACUGAUAAUAGGUUUAAUACUGGUUUCCUAGAACCGGUUUUUCAAAAUAAUCCAAUAUUUUUAUCCCUAGCAUUAUUUUUUACUCAAUAUCUUUCAAACUGUUGAUACAAUAUUCUAAAAGGAAGUAAACCCAUUAUAGCACAUAGCCUUAUAGCUAAUAGCUGCAUACCUGUUCAAAACCCACUGCUUGAAAUGCUCUUUCAGAUUCCAGACUGCCACAGAGUUCAGCUUGCCAGGGAUGCAGUCAGUUACAAAAAGAGUUAAACCAAAUGAAGACAACCAUAUUCUCCCUUUCGUCAGAUGUGGAGGAGUUGAAAGUAAGAUGUUUACUAAAGCACAUCAUGCCUACAUCAACUACAUGACGCCUUUCUCAGACAUAUUACAAUGCUUUUUAUUAUUUCUUACAUUUUUCUUGAUUUCAAAUUGUAUUUCCUUAUUUCAGAUUAAUUGUGUUUGUUUUUUUUAGAAACAGCCCUAAAUACAAUCCCCUUAAUUAUGCACAUUUUCAUUCUAACAUUAAAUAUUUUUAACAAGAUAAAUAACAUUUAUCUUGGAGGUCAAUUCUUGCAAUAUAAAAAAAAUCUAUAUGAAAAAUUGGAAAUCAAUAAAUUUUAAUUUUUCACUCUAAAAUAUAGCAAAUUGCAAUGUGAUAUCCUUUGUUCGAUGAUAUUGAUAUGUGAUUAAUGAUACAUGAUUACUGUGGAAAAAGUGAAUUAAAUAUUUUUUUUACUAGAUUAGUUUCAAACUUGUUAAUCUUUGUUAACCUAGUAAACAUUUAGUUGACAGUACAGCUGUCUUAAGAAGCCCUCAUUGUCACUUGUUUUACUUGAGAUAGAUGGUUAACAUUUAUGACCAACAGAAAGCCAGUAAAAAUGUAAGCAGAGGAUGGCUUUCUCCAAUAUUCACUUAAAUUACUACCCUUUAACCUAACAAAAUCUCAGAUCAGAAAUAGAAUGCGUGAAACCUAACAAAAUCUCAGAUCAGAAAUAAAAUGUGUUUGACCCAACAAAAUCUCAGAUGAAAUAGAAUGUGUUUUACCGAUGAUCCCCAUGUUAACCUCUUCAUUCAGCAUUUUAAUUAUUCCCUCUGUAGAAAACAAUCAACCGGCUGAUUGAAACAGGAAACACUGCCAGUGAACUCACAUUGUCUGGUAAUCCUGUCUGCAAGCCAGCAAGCUAUAUCAGUUCAUUAGGAUCCCACGGGGACGUAAGAAGAAGCUCCCUUGAAAAAGAAGUCAGUGAAAGUGAUGAUUUUGAUUUUCUCAACUAGAUCAGAAGAUGGAGAAGAAAAAUUCUGUCUAGUAGAUUUGAAACGUUUUAUUUAUAAUCAUAUAUAUAAAAUAUAUGUAUUGCCUAUAACAACCUUCUGAAAUGCAAGAUUUUCUAAUUUUAUUUGGGUAUUUUAGAUCUAUGAUGUUAAUUUUACUUACGUUUUUUUAUGAAACAUAAUGCCAUAAGAGUAGCUUAGCUGGGGUCUUGGAUUGCUUGUUGGUGAAGUGUGGUAAAGGCAAUAAUCACCAAGUGAGUUACCUCUUGGUCAUAAACUCUACCUCCAUUCCCCAUUUAUUUCACUUGUGUUUGGCUUUCUUACAUGGAAUUCCAAUUUAUUUAUAUAUAUAUUUUUUAAAUAGUUAAAUGUAGCCAGAUAAUAUAAAUACCGGUUUAUAGAUUUAGGUCAUUGCCUUUUAUAUACCACAUGUGAUACUUUCUUUAUAAUAGUAUUAUUGAUUUUAUAUAGCAAUUUUCAAUUGUGAUCGCCAGAAAAGUAUACCUUUUUAUUGUAUGUCAGCUCAAAGCAAUGCCAAGGAGAGCUCUUCUUUUUUUUUUUCCAUGGGGAACAUUUUCAAGUUGUUUUGUAAAUCACAUUACAUGAGGGAAUUGUUUCUACACAAAGACCGAGAGACUGAGAUCGGGGAUCACUUGAGUUUUUCAAUUUCAAAUAAUUUGUUUUUCUUGUUUUGUAUUAUCUGCCGAAGAAAGCAUUUUGCCGAAACGUCCUUUUAAUUGUAUUUUUUUUUUCAAGCCUACAAGCAUCUUGUUUCACUAUUUAUUUAAUCCACAGAGUUGGAAGAGUAGAUGCUGUUUUCUUAAAUUCAACUACAGUGAGAUAUGUUUCACGAGAAAAGGCUUAACACGAAUAAUCGGUUAGAACAAAAAAAUAAUAAUGCGGUCCAGACGAAAUACUAGGUAUUUUCAUAUAUUUUUCUUCUUUUAACACGAAAUAAAAUCGCUUAACACGAACAGAUUUCGCUUCCUGUGGUGAACAAAAUACAUACACCUGCCGGCGAGAAUGUAUAGGGGUCUGAAAUAAAAAAAGAGGCAGUGUCUCGUGUGAAAGAAGACUAACUCAAAAUCAAUAAAACAAUGGACGAUAAGAACAAUUUGUUUACAAUUUGACGCUUAAAAAGAAGAAUGCAAAAAAAAAUAUCAGAUUGGUUACCGUAAACUUCAUCGAA